AACACCUGAAUUCACUGAUUUGGAUGGGUGACUAGAUACUUCUGGCAAUAUAGUGUAUCUGUAUGCAUAUGAAUACACGUGUGGUGAGUUCUCUUCUAUUCACGUAGUAACACUUUUUCCUUUGUCUCUAUUCUGUCUGGGCUCUGGAUCCGGCUCUACAGUCUUCCAGCUUUCUGCCUGCAGUGAAAGGUGGGAAAUCACCAAAUCAGCCCAUGAAAGAUAACAGGAUGGAGAAAGUUGGCCUGGGCGUGCACGAUGGCCCACCUCCACCAUCUGCUGUGCAGUCAGAAAGGACCCCGGAAGUGGCCCUUGACGCUGUGUUCAGUGCUCGGCUUUUGGGAAAUGAAACUCCAGAGCCUGAGCAUGAACAGGUGUCCUCAGAGGAUGAGGAGGAAACUCUGUUUGGGUAUCCUAAAGACUCCAAGAUCCUCAGGUUCUUCAUGAAGACUGCUGAGGAGCUGGUCAGAUGGCUGGAGUCUACAUUUCUUCCUCAAUUCCCUGUAUGGUUCCUCUACGAGCAUCUGGUGGGUCGUUUGAUGGAAGAAGUGAAGAUGCUGGCCUGGAUUAAUAUUACCUUUGAGGCAUCUGAUGCGCAGCUCUUCCCUGACGAGGACGAUGCCGUGUCUUAUAUUAUCAGUGAAGUGCAUGAAGACCUCUUGAACAAGCCCUGGAGAAUGGAAGUAUCUUGUUUCAACGAGGGACUCCUAUAUUACAUCACCUACGCUGUCAUGAACGCUUUCAUUAAUUACACGAUGUUCUGCUGUAAAGCAGCAAGAACAUCCCCAGACACUGACCUUGAGGAGGAAGGAUCACAGGGGGAGCCUGAGAUGCAGGAACUCUGCAGCACCGCCCUCAGUCAGCGGAGUCCAUCAAAGUGCGAGGAACUGAUCCAAGAACUUGGUGGAUCUUCUGAUUCGAGUGACGAGUGCUCUGAGACCCUCACCGGCUUCCAAACUUACAAGGACAGGCUGGUGAAAAUACCAAUCAGGAGCCUAAUGACAGCGUCUGAGGACCCGGAGGUGGAGAAUCCUGAAGACCUGGAGGUUCCUGCCUGUGCUAAUGGUACUACAGGUUCCACCACAACCAGAACAAAGUGGAAGAAGCUCCGUUCUCGUAUCUCCAGCUUCGUGAGACGAGUCUUCCUCUUCGGAUGCGUCCCAUCUAGUCGUUUCCAGUUCCACCCACUAGUUAGGACUCCCCCAAGGCUUCUUCUGAGACCUGCUAAACCAACCACCGCUUCUUUUCGACCUGCCGUUCACGCAACAUCACAGGACAGCCGAACGCGCAGAUCUGUUACGUCAGCUAACAGACGCCUGCACUGACUUAUAUCGCGUUGAGUGAUGGGGGGAGAAGCAGGGCCAUCCUACCCACCCUGAGAGAGCGAAGCCAAUUUUGCUGUUUUGAGCUCCCAGCUGUGGACGGUUGUAGCAUCACUAGUAAUCGAACUCGCGAUUUCCUGAUAAUGGGGACACUCGGGAGCUGAUUAAUCCAGGUUAAAAUACUCAGGCUGUGACUAAUCCAAGUUCAGAUAUUCAGGCUGUGAAUCAUCCAAUUUAAGCUUACCCUGCACAGAUAUGGGCUUGAUUUGAUGACAAACGAUUCACAGAUCACUGUAAAAUUUCCUGUUGUGGGACUAAUAAAGGAGUAUCUCAUUUUA